AACUCCAAACUAUCACCUAAACGGUACCAUCCCUCUUCUGCAAUUAAAAGCAGAUGCUCUCAACUUUAUAUAUUUUGCAUCACUUUGUUCAUUUUCCUGUGUGCAAGAAGACAACACUCAUGGACAACAUCAUGAUCCUCCUCCUCUUCCUCUUCUUACCUUCGACAUCCGGUGCUCCCGUCGGAAUCUGCUACGGCCGUGUCGCGAACAACCUCCCCCCGCCGUCCUCUGCCGUCGAACUACUCAAGUCCAACCAUAUCUCGAACGUCCGCCUCUUCAACACCGAGCCGGCGACUCUCCGAUCCUUCUACGGCGCUGGGAUCAAUCUCAUGAUCGGCGUCCCCAACGAGGACCUCCCCGCCCUCUCCUCCGGAACCACAGCCACCGCCAUCCAGUGGCUCCAAUCCAAUGUCUUCGCUCACGUCCCGCCGAAUCAAGUCCGAUACAUCGCCGUCGGCAACGAGGUCUUCCUCAGGGACCCCUACUUCACUCCCCACGUCGUCCCUUCAAUCAUCAACCUCUACAGCGCUCUCCGAACCCUCGGCCUCUCGGAGACCAUCAAGCUGUCGUCGCCGCAGGCGGCUUCAGUGAUCGUCAACACUUACCCUCCCUCGUCGGCGACGUUCGAUCCCAGCCUCCGAUCAGUGAUCGUCCCGCUCCUGCAGUUCUUGCACGACACCGGAUCACCAUUCAUGGCGAACGUGUACCCGUACAUCAGCUACGUGAGCGAGGCCAGCCACAUGUCGCCGGACUACGCACUGUUCAGGGGAGGAGGGGAGCCGGUCCACGAUGGCCCGCUGGCAUACGACAACCUGUUCGAUGCGAGCGUGGAUGCCUUCGCGUGGGCGAUGGAGAGGGAAGGGUUCGGAGGGGUGGCAGUGGUGGUGGCGGAGACGGGGUGGCCGACGGCGGGAGGGGAGGCGGCGAGCGCUGCGAACGCGCUGGCAUUCAACGGGAACGUGGCGAGGCGGGCGGCGAGCAGCGCCGGGACGCCGAAGAGGCCCGGCGUGGGCGUGGAGGUCUAUCUGUUCGGACUGUUUGAUGAGAACGAGAAGGUCGGCGAAGAGUAUGAGAAACAUUUCGGGAUCUUUGGGCUUAAUGGCGCCAAGGCCUAUAAUUUGAGCUUCAAUUGAGCUUUUUCAUUAUAUUUUUUUACAUGAUAUUGUAAAUAAGACGGUCGAUGACCAAAAUUAAACUAAUAUUUGUUGGCCAAAAAAGGGCUAAAUGUAUUUUCAAGGAGCUAGAAAACAAAGCUAGGAAAUUUUUUUUUAUUUUUUUUAUAAAAUACAUUAGGUAAAGGAACAACUGUUCUUCAAGGGGCUCAAACCAGACUGUUCCUGAGAUUUGAGGUGUCGUUCACCCAGGAAACCAAACUCAAGUGAUGCAAAUGCAAUCCAGAAUGUAUGAUCAACCUGAAAAAUGCCAAAUUGAUUUGAAUGGUCACAA